ACCCACUGGCACUUGGGAAAUUCAGCGUUCCUCUUGAUACUCUUUCAGGCCAGCUUUGCUCUUGUAAUAUUUUUCUGCAAAGUAGACGCUUGAAGCAUUCUACUGACGAGGCAUAAACGGCGCUCGCUUUAACGUGCAAAACUCUUCGUUCUUGCAUCCACAUUCUUUCCAUCAUGAGUGCUCGAGGUGGUCGGCAAUCGAUGUCUGAGCUCCGUUAUCGACGUCUUCUGGAGCAUAACCAGCGUUUGAGGGAGGAUUUGGCGAGGCCUAGAAUACGAGUGAGCGAGGCUAGUGCUAGUCUGAUACGUUAUUGCAAAACCACACGAGAUCACCUCGUUCCAUCUGUUUGGGGACCAGUAGGAAGAAGCGAAGACCCUUAUGCCCCACAAGGUACCAAAGGCCCCAACUGCUGUGUAAUACAAUAGUGGCUUGGUCGGGCAUUCUGUUGUUGUGUCGUCUGUCAGUAGAGUAUUUUUGUGCGCGGAAUGCUACAGUUCACCCAGUCAUAUUUGCGGGAUGACUUGUGUAUACCACCACCGUGUAACAUGCUUUCUUUCACCUUUUGGUUUUCAGCCAUUCAACUGCUUUUUAAACUUUUUUUCCUCCAUUUACUUUUGUACUUAUUAAGUGCCAUAUGCUUUCCCAUGUUACAUCCAUCGUUGUGACAGGCUAACAGCUACUAUAUCUUCUUGUUGUUAUAUGAGUUUGCUUAUUACUCGUUAAUGUUAUCAUUAUACUGGUAAUGGGUGUGUGUAUGGCAUUGGUGGUGAGCGCAGAUGGCACAGCUGCGCAAAGGUACAAAUCGGCAUUGACGCCUUAAAUCGUUUCCAGGAACUUCCUGAUACCUGCCUCGUUUAGAGCGCCAAUGAACUGAUUAGCAGAUUGUCCAUCUUUGAAAGCUAUGACCGUAGGCAAUGAGCGUAUCUUGUAUCUUUCCACCAGAUCGAAUUCUUCGUCGGUGUUGACUGUAACCAAAUCUAAUGAUUUUCCGCUGCCAGUUUUGACCUUGGCAUCGCUGGCGAGCCUUUCCAGUAUGGGUGAUAUCAUUUUACAAGGCUGACACCAGCUGUUAAGAGUAAAGUGCGUUAAAACAAUUCGGAACACGUGGAAUGAAAAAUAUCCACUCGGCAUAAAAGUCUACUAGGACAACUUUAUCAUUCGUGGCGCCAUUCUGCACGACCGAUUCGAAUGUCUGUAGUUAAUAUACUUUUUGUUACAAUCAGAACCGCAAGGAUUUACAAGGGAAAAGCACUUUACCUCUUUAUUGGCAUUGUGAUACUGCUCUUGUCGCGGCAAUGUUGAGUGAAGGCUUCUUGUAAAGGAGUGUUGGAUCUGGACACCAUAGGACAACCGGGCACUUCUUUGUAGUUUAGCGAUGGAGUUUCUUAACAUUUUCAAGCAAUACAAAAGCUGUAACCAACCCAGUCC